AUGAGUGCCGCGCUGGAGCUGCUGUGGUUGCUGUGGCUCGUGUCGGGACUAUCGCUGCUGCUGCUGUUGGGGGCCACGGCCUGGCUGUGUGUCCACUGCUCCCGCCCAGGGGUGAAGAGAAAUGAGAAAAUCUACGAGCAGAGGAACCAGCAAGAAAAUGAACAGGGCUUAGCUGUGGCUCAGCAGACGUACACCCUGGCCAGGCAGGUGAGGCCAGGACCCCAGGCGGACACAGCCUCAGACAAGUCACUUGAAAGGAAGAACAAGCUGCUCUUCUCCCACCUUGAGGGUCCUGAGUCCCCUAGGUACCAGAACUUCUACAAAGGAAGCAGAGAUGAGCUCGAUUCUGCCUAUGUAGACCCCAUCUCCACGGACUACUAUAACUGGGGACGUUUCCAGAAGCCCCCAGAAGAUGAUGACUCCAACUCCUACGAGAAUGUUCUCAUCUGCAAACCCAGCACCCCCGAGUCAGGUGUCGAGGAAUCUGAGGAUUACCAGAACUCAGUAUCCAUCCAUCAGUGGCGAGAGUCCAAGAGGAUUGUGGGUGCACAAAGGUCCCUGUCAGGAAGCCCAGAUGAGGAGCCAGAUUACGUGAAUGGGGACGUGGCUGCAGCCGAGAAAAUCUAGGAGAGAAUCGGAAGGAAGGGCCUGAGGAUCGUGAGUUUCCUGCCUGCUGAAUAAAGCCUGUCCUCCAGGGUUGCUCAAGUUUCACACCCUGGCUGUGGCUGCUCCUGAGAGGGGCACCAGAACUGCUUGACACACAGCCUGAAAGACACUGGGAAUCGCCAGAGCUGCAACCCUCAAGUGAUGCCCUGGACUUCUUGGGGGCAAAGCAUGUGCCCAGGGGAUAUUGACUGUGCUGAUUGGAAGUCCAGGACCUGAGGCAAGAUGUGUCCUCAAUCCCACACCUAAAAUGAGGCACAGCACAGGCAUCUGUGGGGUUUUUAAUUUGUUUUGGCUGCAGGAUCUAAGUUGCUCAGGCUGAUGAUCUCAAACUUGCAAUCCUCCAGCCUCAGCCCUUGUGUUGGGAUCAAGCACCUGACCUUGUAGGUUUUUUUUUUUUUUUUUCCCCUUUCCUUGUUUGGACCUCAAAUUACUUAUGAAUGUUGACUUUCUGGGACUGUUACCAUGACUUUUUCUGUAGUUAACUUAAGUUGCUGGAGCCGUAUUUAAGAUUGUCAGUGUCAGGGGACUCCCUGUCUCAGAACAUUACACGCACUAACCUUAGCAGAUGGAUGGGAUGUGGGGUAACUGAGAUCACCUUGGUUUCUUAGUGGGCUCCAGUUUGUUCUGGUCCUCCAUUCCUGUGGGGACCUUGUGGGUUGGUGAUAGGGAAAUAAAACUGUCCCCUCACCAAACAGCAAUAAACCCUGUGAGAAUAAGAGCAGACAUGCCUUUGCUUAAAUACUUCUUCCUGUGUGUGUUCAUAGGGCAGAAUGUGCAGCCCUUUGGCCUGGCUAGCCUGGAACUUGCUUUAUAAACCA